CUUCAGUUGAUUGCAAUCAAAAGAUUUUUUGUAAAUUAUUGGAAAAUUUUUAGUAUAAAUACAAGUCGGUUAGACACCAGAGACUACAAGUUUGCCACAGCUAUAACCAUUGAUCCAUUGAGAAUCAAUUCAAAGUUUAUUACACUUGUUCCCUACACAUAUUAAUUGAAAAGUUUAUUACUUUUAAUCAUUACUCAAACUAAAAGUUAUGCCUUUCUCGAAUAAAUUUGAUGGAAAAGUUUGCUUGGUUACAGGCUCGAGCUCUGGUAUUGGGGAAGAGACUGCCAUUCAUUUGGCCGAAUUGGGCGCUAAUUUAGUGGUCACCGGAAGGGAUGAGCAGAGGAUAAAAUCUGUGGCCGAAAAAUGUCGUAAGAUUUCGGGCAAAAAAGUGGUUUCCGUGGCCGCAGACCUCCUCAAUGACAAUGACGUCCAGAAUCUGUUUGAAACAACGAUCCAAGAGUUCGGAAAACUGGAUGUUCUCAUCAACAAUGCCGGUGUGGGAGACCUCUCAUACAUGAGUGACCCCAAGAUUAUGGAGUUGUAUAAGUUGGUUAUGGACACAAACCUCAGGUGUGUUGUCCUGCUGUCUCACCUGGCAAUGCCUUACUUGGAGAAGACCAAGGGAUGUAUUAUCAACAUAUCGAGUAUCGCCUCAAUGAAACCGAGUCCAAAGACCACAUGUUAUUGUAUGUCGAAAGCAGCACUCGAUAUGCUCACCAAAUGCAUGGCCCAAGAGUUGGGCCCAAAGGGGGUUCGGGUUAAUAGUAUUAAUCCCGCGGUCACUGAGACUCCUUUACUGGAAAGGAAAUACGGACACAUCAUGACUAUGGAAAAGGUAAAGGAGAUUAGGAGCAAACAAUACCCCAUCGGCCGAAUAGCACAGCCCUAUGACAUUGCCUGUGCUGUCGAGUACUUGGCCUCAAACGACGCUUCAUUCAUAACGGGCACCUGUCUUCUCAUGGAUGGCGGCGCUCUCUAUGGCUCCACUCAGAAGGAAUGA